UAAGCUCCAUUUUGCGCUGUCCCUUUGUUAAGUUUUGGCUUCUUCACUAUUCAAAAGCAAAUUGAGAGCAGAACCUUUUGAACAAACCGAAGAAGCAGCGAUCAUAACAAGAAUAUCUUCUUCUGCUUCAUCUCUGAGUUUAUGACAUUGCAGUAGUGGAUUAUGGGAGACAAAUUAGGACAGAUAAAAGUGACUGUUGUACAAGGAAAACGUUUGGUGAUUCGGGACUUCAGGACCAGUGAUCCUUAUGUCAUUCUCAAGCUGGGUAAUCAGACUACCAAAACCAAAGUCAUAAAUUGCUGCCUUAAUCCUGUUUGGAAUGAAGAAUUUUGUUUCUCCAUCUCCGAACCUGCUGAGGUUCUCAAAUUGGAAGUAUUCGACAAAGACCGUUUCAAGGCAGAUGACAAGAUGGGAAAUGCUCAACUCAGCCUUCAACCUUUGGUUGCAGCUGCUAGAUUAAGAAAGAUUCUCGGGGUUGCUUCCGAGGGGACAACAUUAAGGAAGGUUAUCCCGGAGAGAGACAAUUGUCUAGCAGUUGAUAGCAGCAUUAGUUGGGUGAAUGGUGAAGUUGUGCAACAUGUUUGGUUAAGGCUUUGUGAGGUGGAGUCUGGGGAGAUAGAGUUGAAGAUCAAAUUGAUCGAUUUUUCGUGUGCUGCUCCCUCCAAGUAGAAUGGAUUUUAAUAACAUUGAUGCAUCACUUGUUUGAGCUGUAUACAUCUUGUUGUAGGUGAGAAAUUAUGUCUAGUGAUAACCGUUGGUGUACUGCCUAUGUUUGGCAUCGUUUAUUUGAAACUCAAGCGAAUGACAAAUGUGCAUAAAUCUAGAUCUGAGUCUGUAACAGAAAAACUGGAGCGAUUUAGAAAGUGGAAGGAGGAGAAACAGGUUCCAUUUUUAGCAGCAAUUGACAAUGUAUGUAUUCAGUUCUAACAACUAAAGAGUGUGUUCUGGUUCCUGUUUAUGAAAUGGCUAUUCUCUUUACUA